AUGACUGCAAGCAUAGUAUCAAAUAAUAUCAAACUGCGACUUCAUUAUUGGAAUAUUCGUGGACGUGUUCAAGCAGUUCGUUAUAUGCUUGAAGAUAUUGCAUACGAACAUAAAAAUGUUGAUUAUAAAGAAAGUUUUGAAUUAAUCGAUACAAUGAUGAAUACAUGGGCUAAGAGAAAAGUUGAUCAAACAAUAUCCGGUCCAUUUCGAACUUUACCGGUUCUUCAUUGGAAUGAUACACAUACUUUUAGUCAAUCAUUAACAAUAGGACAAUUAUUAGCAAAAAAAUUUGAUUUAUAUGGUAAAUUAACAUCAAAUAUUGAUGAUAAAGAUUUUCUUGAAACUUAUAUUGAUGGUGUUGUUUCAUGUGCAUAUACAGAUAUUAUAUCAAAUGUUAUAACAUGUAUAUGGAGUAUGAUUAAUUUUGUUGAUGAAACUAAUCCAUCGAAUCGUUUUAGCAGAAAGAUUCCAAAUGAUCUUAAAGCUUUAAAUAAUUUACUUGAAAAAAGUUCAACAUCAUUUUAUUAUGAUCAAACAGAACCAACAAUUGCUGAUUAUUUUGUUUUUGAAGCAUUUACAAUGGCACAUGAUUAUUGCAAGAAAUUAUUACCAAAUAAAGAAGAUUGUCAAGCAUUAAUAAAACUUGAACAUGUAAUGAAAGAACGACCAGCAAUAGCUAAUUAUUUGAGUAAAGGUUUACUAUUUAAACGUUUUACUGGUUCACCAAAAGAAAUUGAAUAUCUGACAAAACUUGCUGAAACAUUAAAAUAA